AUGGUCGGGUUACUUCCUCUAUCAACUCUCAUCGCCGCUGGUUUUCUCCCUCGUUCAUUCAACACUGUUGACGGUCGUUCAUUCACCGAAGUCGGUGGUCUCACCGAUAAUCAAACCAAUCUAUCCAAUCUAUUCAGUUUCAAUAGUUCCCUCGCUCCCCAUGCAGAAUUUACACGACAAGAGGGCUUCUUCCCAAGUGUACUCGACGGGACUAACGAGACCCCUUUCGGAGGACCUUGGGGGGGAAGAUUUCUAACAUCGGGCGAUAUGAAUUCUUCCGUGUUAUCGGAAAUACUCAAGAUUAACCCUAACAUGUCUGCAAUCAUCGACGAGAUCGCCAUGGUCAAUCCUUUCCAAGCAGGCAUGUUGUCUCGAGGAUCCCUAGGUAAUUUGUCAUAUAACUUCUCAAUCGAUCCUGCGGAGUAUACCAUACCCUUUUGGUUAUCCCCCUCUCAACGUCUCGAGGGACCUGGGAUGAUGGAUUAUGAUGUAUUAACAGGAAGAUCAUCGGGACCACUCAGGGAACAGAGUGGGGAUAAUCUCCCUUCGUUUCCCACCCAAAGUCAACUUCCCUCCACAACCGAUGAAUUCCACACACCUCUCAACAUGUCAGAGGAAGCGGGUAGUGCUCCUCCUCCUUCCUUCCACAGUGUUGAUCUCCAUCCCGAGUACCUCAACCAAACCCUGCAGACCCUCGCUGUGAACGCUCAACCAACAUCUCAACCAACAUCUCAACCAGCAUCUCCACCAAUAUCUCGACCAUCAUCUCCACCACCCUACAGUUCUGAGGGUCUUACUUCGAUGAUCCAAGAGCAAAUAGAUCAGCUUGGUUCGCUUGCCGAGGUAGGCCUCGCUUUGGCGGGCGAUUCAACCGAUUUCGAUGCCCUGCUCCCACAGCUAGUGGAUAUUGUAUAUUCCUCUUUAAAUCACGGUGACCCCGUACCCGGACCGAUAAAUGGCGAUACUCUACAAUCCACAUCCCCAGCGGAUAGCCUAAUCGAAGAAUCAGAAGUGUUUCCGACUUUGACAGAAUCUCCAGUGACUUCUCAGACCGAUGGGAACAUAACCAACAGCACAAGACCAGACAGUUUCAACGGUUCAUGGGAUGAUAUGCGAGACGAUAUAUCCUCUUACAACAUUGAUCCUGAGAACAUUGGAUGGAAUGAUGAUCACCCAAAACAGCACGGGUUCUUGUCCAGAUUCCGUUCUGCCUUCGGGGGACACAAACAUCAAGAGGAUUCCGAUGUUACCGGACAAGGUCGUGAUGUAUGGAAGGUGAGGCAAAAAGGGCCGAACGGUGUGCGUGGUGUCAUUGAUAAAUUCUUCAAUGGAUCCCCACCUGAACCAUUGUCGUCGAUUGACGAUUGA